AUGGCGAGAGGCGGAAAGAAAACGCACCAAUUGGAAGACCAAUACGGAGGAUUCGAAGCGUCUGAGGAUGCAUCCAGUCGGGGAAAGAAUGCAUCCGGAUUUGGAGGAGGAGGAGGAGGAUUCAAAGGCGGAGGCGAAGGCGGCGGUGGCGUAAAAGGAACGAACUUGAAAUACGAACGAGUGGUGCCGAAAUUUUUAGAGAAACACGCGGAUUUGCUCGUCGGGAACGCGAUUGUUCGUCCCCGCGAGGAGGAGGAAUUGCGAGGUAUUGGAGACGAGGAGGAAGACUUGUUGGGAGAACGCAGGAGAGGCUUCGGGACGACCCCAAUGACGAGCAAAGAAGAAAACAACACGAAAGAAUCGAUAGAAGAGCAAUGUUUAACUUUAAAAGGUAGCGGGAAUAGAUGCUUUCAGAAUGGAGAGUACGAACGGGCGGCGGAUAUGUUUACGAAGUGCAUCGCGUUGCGAGAAAAAGCGGGAGCGGUCAUCUCCGCGGCGGAGGAUAACUCGCACAUCUAUUACUCUAAUCGCUCGGCGGCGUACGUGAAGUUAGGACAGUUUGAGUUGGCAAAGAGAGACGCGCUGGAAAGCAUAGAGAGGUCUCGAGGGGAGUGGGCGAAAGGAUGGGUGAGAUUAGCAGUCGCGAGUUUGGCUUUGGAUGAUUUGACCACGCACGCCAAAGCGUACGCGAGAGCGUUUAAACUAGACCCAUUGAAUGAUGAUUUGAAGGAUAAAAUGAACAAGGCACAAAAACAGGAACAAAAAGCGAUUGAAAAUGGGUUGUUCAAGUUUAAGAGUAACGCGUCGUCGUCGUCGGUAAAGGCAUCAUCAGUGGGAGCUAAAAAAGAGACGAAAGAGAUUGGCGGAGCGAAGAAGCGAAAGAAUAGAAUCGACGGCAACGCGAAGGAGAAGAAAAAGAGCAAGAAGAAAAACGAUGGUGGCGUUUUGAGCUUCAACGAAGAAGAGGAAGAGGAGGAACAAUAG